AUGAGCACGGAUAAGGACACAGUUGCUCUUAAUGAGUCAAAGGAACAGGUAGAAGAUGACUAUCGCGAAAGUGAGGAUGAAGACUUUAAUCCUGAUAACGUCAAUGGCGGUAUAGAGAAUGAUGGUGAAGGAGAUUCGUCGGACGAUGAUGAAGCAGGUUAUCAAGAUGAGGAAGAUAAAAGCUUAGCAAGCAAGUACAAGGAUCUCGAGGGGGUUGGUCUUAUUAAAACGAGAGCUCAACGAAAAGAGGAAGAGGAAAAAGCUAAGGAGUAUGCUAAAUCUCAAGAAAAAUCGUCGAUAGAUGUCAAUGCUCUUUGGAAUGAGCUGAAUGAUUCCAAGCCCAAACAAGCUGUUGAGCCUUCGGUGGGUGCUGUAACGGCACCCAAAUCCAAAUCAAUCGAAAAUGACGUACAAAAUGGUUCGACGUCGACCUCAAUCCAAGAAGAAUAUAUCACAAUCAAGAGAUCAUACAAGUUUGCUGGUAAUGUAACUACAGAGGAAAAGAAAGUACUUGCGAGCUCAGCUGAAGGUAAAGCGUAUCUUGCGGAACAGAACCAAUUGGAAAAGGAUGCCACUGUUCCCAAAUCCAAAACAAAGGGCCCAAAAAAGCGCAAGUCUACUCUUAUGGAUGAACUUGAAGCCGGAAAGGCAAAACGAAUGAAUACUCUGGAGAAAAGUCGACUAGACUGGCUGGGUUUUGUUGAUCAAGAGGGCAUUCGUGACGACCUUUCACGACACAACAAAGGUGGAUAUCUACACAAACAGGAUUUCCUGUCCAGAGUCGAGCAUAAAAUUGAUCAAGAUAUCAAAGCAGCCUUGAAAAAAAAAUAG